AUGAAGAUGAUCCGCCAGGUCUGUCUUGUUCUCUUGCUUUGCACCGUUGGAGUGUUCUCCAGGACUCUUGAGGUCCAGGAUGACUGGGCUGCCAACUGGGAAGGCUUCAUCGUCGGUGGUCAGAAUGCCAAUGCUGGCCAGUUCCCUCAUGUCGUCUCUCUGAGAUCCACUGCCAACAACCACUUCUGCGGUGCCUUCAUCGUCAACAAUCGCUGGGUUGUGUCUGCCGCCCAUUGUACCAUCAACAGAACCCCAGGAAACACCUGGAUCAUCGUUGGUGCUCUGCAGCUCAGCACCGGAGGCACGAAUGUCUUCACCAGCUCCAUCGUGAACCACCCAGGCUACGUUGGAAGCACUCUGGCCAACGAUAUCUCGUGCUUGCAGACUCAGGCCACUCUCACAUGGUCUGGAACCGUCAACUUCCUCGAGAUGGGAUCCAACUUCAUCGGAGGCGGAGCUCAGGCCACCGCUGCCGGAUGGGGACGCGUCGGUGCCAAUCUGCCUCUGGCCAACACUCUGCAGUGGCUCAAUGUGAACACCAUGACCAAUGACGAUUGCCGCAAUGCCCACAACGCCGUUAACCGUCAGUUCGUGCACGACAACACCAUCUGCACCUUCACGCGCCAGGGCGAGGGCAUGUGCAACGGAGACUCCGGAUCUGCUCUCUUCAUCGGCAACAGUGCCAUCGGUGUGGUGUCUUGGGGCAUUCCUUGCGCUCAGGGCUUCCCUGACAACUUCGCUCGUGUGUCUUCUCACCGUGCCUGGCUCGUCGGUCACACCGGAUAA